AUAUUCUCAAAAUGUCACAUUCUGUGUUCCAAGCAUAUUGUUUGUCCUUUUAAGCCAUCGUCUUUGUUUUUGAAGCCGUUAUUGCCACCCGCGGCCAUUCACGGGCUGCUGAUGCCGACUGGUAGUGGUCGGAAAGCUCAGGAAAUCCUGUUUGAUUAAGGCUUGACGUCAACGCUUGAUACAGUGCAAGUUGCUGCUCUCUUCAAGUAAAAUAGAUUAACAAGGCCUACCCAAAGUAAUGCAUUCCGUGUAGCAUCUUGUGUCCUAACAUUACCAAACAUUGUUGUCAAUUAGUUUCUUCCCUGGCUGUCAAUGGAUUACUGUUCCAAAAACCAUAACAUUGCAGAUGAAACUUCAUUUUCUCUCACAUAUAUUCUCCCUCUUCUAUGUGGCCAUUUAUCAUAAAUUAAAAAAACCGUGAAAGGACUCCCUAGUGUGCAGUGGAUGACUGGAUGCUCUAAAGCCUAAUUACCACGUAUUAACACUUCACCGUUGAAAGCCGCCAUGCUAGCCUUUGCUCUCCGUCUCUCCUUCCUCGUCAUUAUCUUCCCCUUGGCUCUCAGUCUCAGAUUAGUCGACACCACUGCGGCGGCGCCACCUUAUAAUGCAACCGAAUCCUUCCUCCUCAGCUGCGGCGCGCCGUCGAAGAGCAGUUCACAAGAUGGACGUGAUUGGGACACGGAUAACCACUACCUACAAUUCAUGCCCACAAACACGGCGAAUAUAUCUUUUCAGGCCGCCACGGAGCAAGGCCCUUUGGUCUCCCAAGUUCCGUUCACCACCGCGCGUGUCUUCACCUCCGAACUCACAUACUCCUUCCGUGUCUCCCCCGGCCAAAAGUUCAUCCGCCUCUACUUCUACCCUGCCCAUUACGCCGCCGCAGGCGGCGGAUUCAACAUGACCGAUUUUUUCUUCACCGUCACCGCCAACAACUACACCCUGCUCAAAAACUUCAGCGCCUUCCUGACGGUAUCCUCGCCGGACCCUUUCAUAUUUUCGCCGGAUUUUUUUAUUAAAAAGGAAUUCAUCGUUAACGUUGAUGAGAAACAGCAACUCAACCUUACUUUCUCACCUUCUCCUUAUGCCUUUGUGAACGGAAUCGAAAUUGUGUCCAUGCCGUCUGAUUUAUAUUUCAGAGACGACAACAAUAAUAAUUAUCCGAUGAUAAGUGCCGUCCAAUUUGAUAACUCGACAACCUUGGAAACUCUGUACAGGCUGAACGUUGGGAGCAGGCACCUGGGGCCCAAAGACGACACGGGCAUGUUUCGUGAAUGGUCUGUCGACGACAAUUACGUUGUCGAUAUAAAGUAUCAAACGCCGUUCUUGGGCGUACCGGUUUAUUAUACUAAUCAAACUCCGGCUUACACCGCUCCUGACAUAGUUUACACUUCGGCGAGGACCAUGGACAGAAGUAAUAGAAAUGGCCUUUUUUGGCUGUUCCCUCUUGAUGCUGGGUUUUUCUAUCUUUUCAGGUUUUAUUUCUGCGAAUUUGCGCUUGAAAUCAAGGCUGUGAAUCAACGAGUUUUCUCCAUAGAGAUAAAUAACAAGAUGGUAGAGGAUGAAGUUGAUGUUAUUGAUCAGAGCGGCGGCCCUGAAAUUCCGAUAAUGAAAGACUAUGUGGUUUUUGUCCCUGACCCAGAUGGUCGCCGGAGCAAACAGAAUGUUUCUCUCUCGUUGCGUCCCAACAUGAAAGACAAACCGGUUUACUUUAACGCAAUCUUGAAUGGGUUAGAAAUUUUUAAACUCAAUGACUCGGCGGGGAGUCUGGCUGUGCCCAACCCUAAUGAGGCUCCAGAUAUUCCGGCUACCCCGCCGCCGGAGAAGAAGGGUAAAAAAGGGUUGGUAGCUAUUAUUGGAGGAUUGGUCGGCGGAGUUGCUGCGUUACUCCUAGUAAUAAUAAUUCUGAUCAUUUUCUUGAUUUUCCGGCGGCGGAAUAGGACGGCAAACCUAGCUCCAAGUGUCACCAAGUCAUCGUGGGUCACCAUGGUCAGAGCCGCAAUGACCACACAAAAGACGGGAGGAUCCGACGGGUCCCGUCUGCCGUUGGAACUCUGCCGACAUUUCUCACUGGAUGAGCUCAAACUGGCCACCGGCAACUUCAACGACAAUUUCGUGAUCGGAAGAGGGGGAUUCGGGAAGGUGUACCGAGGCUACAUUGACGGCGACGUAACCUCGGUCGCGAUCAAACGUUUGAGCCCCGAAUCCAGCCAAGGUUUCCGCGAGUUCCAAACGGAAAUCAAGAUGCUAUCCAAGCUCCGACAUCUCCACCUCGUGUCGCUGAUCGGAUACUGCGACAGCAAAAGAGAGAUGAUCUUAAUCUACGACUACAUGGCCCAUGGAACGCUGCGCGAUCAUCUCUACAACGCCGGCAAGCCGCCGCUUCCGUGGAAACAGCGACUCAAGAUUUGCAUCGGGGCCGCAAAAGGCUUGCAUUACCUUCACGCCGGCGCGAGGGAUCCGAUCAUUCACAGGGACGUUAAGUCCACCAAUAUUUUACUGAAUGAGAAAUGGGUGGCUAAGUUAUCAGAUUUCGGGUUGUCCAAGGUGGGCCCACUAGGGGAGGCCAUCAGCCACGUUAGCACCGCGGUCAAGGGUAGUUUCGGGUACGUUGACCCGGAGUACUAUCGACGACAUCAAGUAACGGAAAAGUCCGACGUGUACUCCUUCGGAGUUGUCUUGUUCGAAGUGCUGUGCGCUAGGGCCGCCGUGAUUCCAAAUUUGCCGAGAAAAAAAGUUAGCUUAGUGGAGUGGGGUCGCCAAAGUUACGAAACGGGGGACGUUGGCAAGAUAGUGGACCCCAAUUUGAAGGGCCAGAUUGCGCCGGAGUGUCUAAUCCAAUACAUGGAUGUCGCCUGCAAUUGCCUAAAGGAUCAAGGGAUCGAUCGGCCAUCCAUGAACGAUGUGGUGUGGGGCCUUGAGUUUGCGUUGCAGCUCCAAGAUGCAGCCGAUAAAAGAUGUGACCUCCCUUCGUCGCGCACGCCGGAGAGGCCGAGCUUUCCUUUGCUUGCAAAGGGCAGAGACGGCAGAAGCUCCAAUGAGGCCGCGAAUAACUCAGUGAAUAACUCAGACGAGGAUGACGGUGACGCAAUUACUACAUCCGAAGACGCUGCAAAAAUGUUCAGGAAUAAAAGUAGUGUAGCUGCUACUUCUACAAGUACGCAUGAUGAUAGUUUGAGGGGGCAAUCUCACACUAUUUUUUCAGAGCUCAGUAAUCAAUUGGGACGUUAAUACAUUGUUCUAUACUUGAACAAAAUUUAGCACCUCAAUAUUUUUUUUGGGUAUAACACCUAUAUGUAUCAACUGAUUUUGAUAAAGGUGUGAAUUUUGUAUUUUAGCUUA